AUGGAGACCCAGGACGAUAGCAUCGACCUUGCAAAGUUGCAACGCGACGCGUUGGGGCUAGAGCACGAUCCAUCUCAGCCGUACUUUUCGGGAUCUGCACAAACAGGUAACAAGCCGAAUCACACACUUUGUUACACAUACCACACAGUCAACGGCGCUUCCAAUGGUGACGGAGUGUGCACCGGCCAACACCUAUCUCCGAAAACACCAUCGAACCCCGCGAGCCUUGUGCACCAACACCAACCACCUCGGUCUCGACCUCGGCAGCAUGAACGACGCCCAAUAAUGUCUAAUAAGCGUGACAAUGAACUGGGCAUUGUACCGGGAUCACAAUUCGGCAACAUGAGCUCCGCAGAGGCUGCUCCUGGGGAUACUCAGGUCGUCUCGCAGUCAGUGUACGACAGCAUUAUCAGACAGAAUGGGGAGUCCAUGCAGCAAGAUUAUUCACAAACAGGGGCCGACGGAGCGACAUUGAGAACGUUGCAUGAGGGUGACAGCGGCCAUAUCGACCUCCUCUCCGAAUUGGACGCCACGCACCAUGGAACGAACCUAUCCCAAGACGAAGAUGAUAACGACGACGAGAGCACCUUCGAUCAAAACGAGUCUUCUCCGAUGGCCUACGCACCGGAUCUCUUCCCCGAAUCGCAACGCUUUCUAGCAGAAACACCCGGCACCGUGAUGAAAAAGAAUGAGGCAAAGGGUGGGACAACAGAGACCCCGAGCAUCUCGCGGAAUCCCCUGGCUAGUGGCAUCGAGUCAAGUGGCGGCCUUCUCGGUCUGAGCCAGGUUUUCGGGGCUACCCAGGUCCCGUCCUCUCCCAUUGUCCACGGCCUGCAGACGGAACUUGUAUCGGAUCGUCCGUCGCCCAAUAUCCCGAUUCAACCCGCUCGUGUUGUCAAUGGUAUUUCGUCGCCGUUGAUGGGCAUGCCGGACUUUGGGGAGAGGUUGACUCGAUCGGCCGGCAAUAUCCAGUCGGACCAGAGUGACAAGGAAUUCUAUAAAGAGUCGAGCUUUGUAGAACGCGCACGGCGACAGCGAGAGAUCGACGAGGAAGCUGCGGCUCAGUUCGCCGGAUUGAGUGCUCCUGCCAGAUCUACAUCCAAUCUCUCCGCCAGACUACGGACUUCUCCCAAGCAGCUAGGUGGACGACAAGACCAGGAAAUGAUAGAAGCUGUUGCCAGCGAGGAAGAAACCGAACAAGAAGAAGAUAUGCAAGUGCCCCGGUCACAAGAGCUUCCUCAAUCUUCAGCCGAAGAAGACAAAGAGAACUACGACGGACCUCCUCUGGAUGCCGCUGCUGCCGCCAGUGCCCACGACCGACUAUCUCAGAAUGGAAUUGGUCACGGAGACUCCUUUGGCUCCCACAAUGGUGGUCAGCCGAAUGGUGCUAUGCGUUCUUCCCAGGCCAUGGUGAAAGACUCCCAACCAUCACCUCAAUCAUCACCAAAAUGCACAGAAACCGAUAAUCCUAGGAAAAUUGCUCAUCGCUCGCCUUCGCGUUCUCAUGUGGAUACUCCCCCACGAAACCGUCUUCAGACCUCCUCUCCCUGCUCGCGACCAAAAUCAAGACAUUCGAACAGCAAUACCCAGAGAAAUGGCUCCGUGUCAAAUGAACCUGCCAUUCAACCCGUUCAGGAUGCAUCCCUUGACGAGAAUAUGCCCACACACUCUAGCAAUCCCGAGGAGCAGCAACGUGUAAACUCAUCGCAUUCCAGAGUUGAAGCGGGAACUGCGGGAAACUCAUCAUCGAUGCCAUCCCGUGUGGCUGAGACACCUAUGAAUCAACGUCUCAAGCAUCUCAGUGAUAUGGCUCGAUUGACGAGUAUCCCAGAAACAAGUCCUAGCCACUCCCAAUGUAAUUCCGAGGUUGGGUCCAAUGGCGAUGGGCUGAACAACGAAGACGACGAUCUUCCACCCAUGUUCAGUGAAAUCCCCAGUAUUCGAAAGAAUCAUGUCCGCCCAGCUGGGACAAGGGCACUCUCUUCGCCUCUCAAGAAACUGCUGUCCAGUCCAGGCGGAGGCCAACGCAGGGCUUUGACUGAAAUUGCGGCCGAUCUCUCGCCGCAGGUUGGGGCGGGAGGAUUUGAUAUGGGAAUUGGGAUCUUUACCACUGAGGAUCAAGAGUUCAGAGCCUUGAUCGAUGGGUCGCCGACUCGACCGAAGAAGAAGCGGCGUGGCAAUAAUGGCUCAAGCUACAUUGCCUCCGACCCUAUCAUACCUCUCACCCCUCGCGCACAGCCCCCAAAAUCUGUUGCACCCAUUCGAGCAACACAAGAAGGACCAGCUCCCAUUCCCGCGGAUUCGGAUGAUGUGCCUUUAGUGCAACUCCCUGAACAAGCCGUGCGAAGACAAUCAAAGCCCCCGCGACGAGCCCCGGAGAAUGUUUGGGAAAUCGAGGGAUCGCCUGAGCAGCCCGUCCGCCGGAAAUCAAGAAUUAGUAAAACCUCUACAUCGAAGUCUACCCAAGAGAAGCAUGUCCCAAUAAAGAGCUCCGGACUUACUGGGAGAUCAGCCCCCCAACCGAAGGUUGUAGUCCAUAAACAACCACCACCUCCGUCAUCGGAACUCACUGAGGUUUCAUCAACAAUUGCCUCGGAAGAUAUAAUUGAGUCAGAGGCGAACAGUGUCGAUGACUCCCCUACCACGCCUCGCCCAUCCCACACUUUAUCGGAAAACCCCGUGGUUGCUCCAAGUCAGGUCCUUUCUGUCUGGAUGGGCCAGAAACGAGCAUACUACCCAGCAACAUGCUUCGGGACACCACUGGGUGUAUCACAAGUUAAAUACUCUGUGAAAUUUGAGGACAGUCUUCCUGUCGAGGUGCCCAAGGGUGCCGUUAAGAGAUUUGAGCUUCGUAUCGGAGACGGUGUCAAGAUUGAGAUGGAUAAUGUUCCAAAAGUCACUCAUAUCGUCCGCGGGUUCGAUGACAAGCUCACUAGAGAACAGCUGGCUAAAGCCGCGGACGAUGGCCUUUAUCCUAUAACCGACAUUUACGGUCACACCACUGUGAUAGUCGGUCCCAAGCAACGCAAAAGCCUGCCAAAUGGUGGGAUUGGCAACAGCGAGAACGUGAUCAAAGUUCCUAUUGCUCGUGUCUAUCUUGAUACUAUCCUGUGGAAUCAACUUAAAGACCGGAUGUUCACGUAUCGCCCGGCGCCUGUUCAACAAGAGAGCACGGUGCACACCCCAUCCGAAAGGUCAUCCGCGCCUGCUUCUCCUAGUUCUCGCUUGUCCCGCAGCAUUCACCAAGGCAGCGGCAUCUUCGCGGGGAUGGUAUUUGCUGUCUCUUACAAGGAGGACGAAGCAUCUAAGAAUCGUGUGACUAGGCUGAUUAUGGAGAACGGGGGCACUGUAUUACAUGAUGGAUUUACUGAAUUGUUCGAGGCUUCGUCAAUUGUCCCCGUUGAUACGCCCACAAAAGGGGCCGUCUUUACAGCUCUUGCUGAAGACGUUGGCUUCGCCUGCUUAAUUGCCGAUACCCAUUCUCGGCGAGAAAAAUACAUGCAAGCACUGGCAUUGAACCUCCCAUGUCUGGCCGGGCGGUGGGUAGAGGACUGCAUCGCGCAGGGUCGCGUCCUUGACUGGGACAUCUACCUCCUCCCAGCCGGCGAUUCAAUGUACCUCAAUGGAGCGACAAAAUCCAGAGUCAUGGCUCCCAACCCUCCAUCCACAGCCCGUCUCUCCGAAACUAUCUCCGCACGAACAAAGUUGCUAGCAGGGCAAUCUGUGCUCCUUGUCAUGGGCCGUGGAAAGGCAGAGGAAAAGAGGAAAGCCUAUAUCUUCCUGACUUACGCCCUAGGGGCUUCCCGAGUUGAGCGUGUCCCUGAUCUUGGCACGGCCAGGGCAUUGAUGGACUCACAGUCUGAUGCUGGAUUGUCGACUAGCUGGGACUGGAUUUAUGUUGAUGAUGCAGAUCAAGCUGCUGCAAAGUCGAUGUUGACGCCUAAACCGAAGACGCAGAGAAUUCACUUGUUCCAUGGGAAGAAGCGUAGGAAGUCGACUGCAUCGUCCACCCCUACGCCGCCUAAUGAGCUGAAAUGUACUGCGAGGGUUGUUGGUAAUGAGUUUGUUUGUCAGAGUUUGAUUUUAGGGCGAUUGUUUGAGGAGUGA